GGAUCAUCUGCGUGAAAAUCUGCCCACCUCGGCCCACGUACCCAGACCCAAGUGAAAGCCCUGCGUGCUAAAAGAUCACAGAAGCGCCUAAACCUGGCAGAGAGCGGAGCACGGGAAGGACAUGUCGAACUGAAGCGCGCAAGUCUGCAAGACGCCACUCAUUCGGCCCUUCUUCUGAUAUCCGACUCAAUCUCCGGUGCGACGGACGACGGUCCUCCGAUCACUCCUCCUAUCUCCAGUCCUAGCCACCCAAACGUUUGGGUAGGUUUACUCCUUUCAGCCGCCCAGGAAGAAAUAGUUAGGGAUAAAGCAUGCGUGUGAAGUGGUCUGCUGCAUACAGUCAUGUGAAAGCACAAAGGUUGGGCAGCUUACCUUUAUUGUUCGUCACUGGUUAGUCAAGAACAACUUAUGAAAUUGAUAACCAUUGGCCAAUUGCAGCUCCCAUCUAGUGAGCGCCAGUUGGGUUUUAUUCAGCAUAUCGGUCUGGGAUUUUGUUUCCUUGUGAAAACACACUCCUAGGGAAUUUGGGUUCAUAAAAUCCUCCCCUCAUCUACCACUCCUAACGUUGUUGCUGCAGAUUAUUUUCGGCCAGCUCAUUGACCCCAACUUCAUCUUCUCUAUGAGUGCAAUGAGUGCAAGUCAUAAUCCUGGUGGACCUGAGUAUGAUUGGGGCAUCAAGGGGGGGAGCUCCAAUAUUUCAAAUUUGAUCUCUUUUUUCUAAUUAUGAUUUCUUUAUCUCGUGAAAAUGUAUGAAACUAAUGGCAUUUCACAUUUAAAUCAGCUCAUUAUCUAAAUAUCACUAACUUCAGUGACCUUUGCUUUUUUAUGGUUAUGGAUUUUUUCAUUUAAAAUAUUUCCGUGCUUCUGAACUUUUGUAUAUGUUUUCAAAUGUUAUACAGAUUUCUGAAAUCAAGGUGGCUGACAUUCCUGGUUUUAAUUAUGUUCUUUUUUAAUAUUUUAGGUUUAUCAAAGCAUUGGAAGCUUCAUCGGUUAGCCUACACAUCUCAAAUGUUUUACAACAAGGUUUAUAUGUAGAAUCUCAACAAGGAAACAUAAACUACAAACACGUUGAUGAGCAUGAGCUCUUAUUGGAUUAAAAUUUUAUUUAUCUACGACGUAGCAAAGUAUAUCUCCAAUGGUCGAUUAUGGAACAGGUAUCCCCGUGUCCAUGGUGAACGUGAAGGGCCUCGCUCGCCUGAAGAAACAGGACCCGAAGGGGUCGGGGCAGGGCAACCAGAAGCCCGCCACUGCCCUCUUCAAGAGAGCCGAGGGCGAUGCCGCUGCCAGCAAGAGGAAGGCGGCGACCAAGGGGUCCCCCCCGGCUAUCAAAAAGCCGAAGAAGGGGGAUAUCACCGAUAAGGAGCCCCCGGUCAUAAUUGUUGAUGAGCACCCCGCCUCCGGGGUGCAUGUGGAGAAGCUGUCGGGUGGAACGCCGGCGGGGGCAGAGGAGUUGCUGCCUGAGGUCCUCCAAGUUUCGUUUCCGAGGGGUACCUCCCUUGCCAGCGGCGCUGUCGACCCGGGGGCCAUCUUGAGGGGCAUAACCCCUGAGACGGAUAGAGCUGCCCUCGGGGCUUAUAAUGAUGCGGCCCUCGAGGACCACAUUCUCCGCUCCUCCCUCUCUGCUUGUCUAGCCCUCGGCGAACAGGCCCGGAGGCUCCAAGAAUGGCGCCUUCACAAAGCGGAGCAGGACGUCAAAAUGAGGGAGUGCAUCCUCAAGAACAAAGAGGCGGUGAAGCUGGGGGCCAGGCUAGAAGAGGAGCUUCGGCAGAUGAACCUAAGAUUGGAGGCUGCAGAAAAGGGCAAGGCUGAUGCUGAGGCCGCCGCUGAGGAGGCCAGGAGAGCCGCCAAAGAGGCCGAGGAUUCCAAAGCGUCAGCCGUCGCCAAGGCUCAGGAGGAGGCCGUUGACGCCUUCGUCGCCGAGGGUUGGAGAGCCGAGGGGCGCAAGACGUGGGUGUCCUCGGUCGUGGAGGCACGCGUUGAUGAAUGAGCCGAGGGCCCUGGGUGGGAAUGGAUGGCCCGGAAGGGCAGAGAAUAUUAUGAGGCCGGCGAAUUCUUCACCCAGGCCCUCAUCUAUCGGAGGAUGGCCCGGCACUUGGGCAUUGAGCCAAAGGAUUUCGCCCCCUCGGCAUAUGGCCUCCCUCCCCUGCAGCCUGAUGUCCGUGACUCCCUUCCCGAAGGUGCACAACGGCCCGACCUUGAGGACACAGAGCUGAAGAAAGAGGCCGAGGACAACGCUGUUGAGGCCGGAGCGGAGGUAUCAUCGAGGCCGGCUGCAGAGGACGCCCCAGGGAAUGACGCUGUCGAAAUUGUUGAGUGAUUUUAUACUUAGGAAUGUCUGAACAUAUUUUGUAAUGAACAACAUUGAUCCUUCGGCUUCGGCCUGUUUGUAACCUUACACUCACUUCUGUUUUUGAUGAAUGCAUGCUGCCUCCGGGCUCUUCAUA